AUGGGCACAGCUCGCGUUGCGAUCGCACUCGUCGUCUGCCUCCUAGGACACACAACCGCGCUCUCACUCGCAACAGCAGCGUCGCCGCUGCAGGCGAUCCAAUCCUUGGACGCGAGCCUCCAGAGCCGACUCUACGCGCGCUACGGGUCGCUGGCCGCCGCGGGCGCCGCGGCGGAGGGCGUCGGCGUCUGGCGCGGGUGCUUCCUCAAGGGCCGCGUGCCGGACGACGCCUUCGACGGCGCCGCGUGGCCGGGCGACGCCGGCGCGCGGUCGCGGUGCCAGCGCGCCUUCGCGCCCGUCGCGCGUGUCGUCGGCCGCCACCCGCGGCUCGCGCGGCCGGCGCUGCGCGCGCUGGUCGAGGCCGCGUUAGAAGACGACGCGGGCGCGGAGGCCGCCGCGCUGCGGUCCGUCGUCGACGGCGUCGGCGCGCUCGAGGCCGUCUACGGCGACGGCGCGGACGCCGUCGUCGACGCGGUCCUCGAGGCCGAGGACCUCGCGGCGCUCCUGGGCACGGCGGCGUCGUCGGGCGCGGGCCGCUUCCAGCGCCGCGCGGCGGCCUUCGAGGCCAUGCGGCGCUGCGCGGACCGCGUGGGCGACGUGGAGGAACUCGCGCCGCUCCCCUCGCUCGGCCGCCGCGCGACGGCGGCGUCGGGCGCCAGCAGGUACGGGAGCGACGCGCGGCGGAGCCGCGACGGCGCCCGGGGCGCGUGCGUCCGCGAGGCGCCGCCGGCGACGGAGGGCUUCGACGGCGAGACCCUCGGCCGCGACCUCGCCGCGCUCGCGCCGAGCCGCGCGGAACUCAAAUCUUCAACCCGACUUCAAUGUGAGUUUUGGACCCAAGCGCCGAGCGAGCGCCUGCUCCUCUGCGACGGCUCGCCCCUCUUCCGCGCGCGCUACGGCGACCGGGCCCUGCGGUCGGCGGCGCCCCUGGGCCUCGACGACGGCGCGCGCGUGUCCCCCGCGCGCGCGAAGCGGCGGCUGCCGCGGGGCCGCCGGGGCCCGCUCGUCGUCUGCGUCGACACGUCCUACUCGAUGACGGGCGCGCGCGAGGGGCUGGCCAAGGCCGUGGCCCUCGCGGCCGCGCGCGCGGCGAGCGACCAGCGGCGCGCCUGCGUCGUGCUCGCGUUCGGCGCGGGCGACGAGCUCGCGGAGCUCGAGCUGCCCGGGCCCGCGGACCCCGCGCGCGCGCCCGAGCGGCUCGACGGCCUCCUCGACUUCCUGGAGCGGGGCUUCGGCGGCGGCACGGACGUCAUCUCGCCGCUGCGGCGCGCCGUCGCGCUCCUGCGGGCGCGGCCGGCCUUCGCGGACGCGGACGUGCUCCUCGUGUCCGACGGCGAGCUCAUGGACCCGCCCGUCGACGCAUCGACGGCCGCGGACCUCGACGCGCUGCGCAGGAGCCGCGGCCUGCGCGUCGCGGGGCUCCUCGUGGGCCGGAGCCGCCGCGGCGACGGCCUCGAGCACGCGGCGCCGGGGAGCCCCUUCGACGCGCUCUGCGACGGCGUCCACACGUUCCUCGCGGACCACGACGACCUGGCGCUGCUGAUGGGCGCGUCCGCGCGGCCGCCGCCGUCGUCGACGGCGCUCGCCGCGGCCGCGCGGCGCCCGCGGCGCGGCGUCCGGCGCCGCGGCGGCCCGCUCUUCGCCGCCGCCGUCGACGCGGACGCGGCGGCCGUCGAGGCCGCGCCGCCCGCGUUCCCCGUGGCGCCCGCGGACCUCGAGGCGGCCGCGGCGCACCUCGAGCGGGGCCUCGUGGAGCGGUCCGCGGAGGCGCGGCUCGUGUUGCUCGGCGCCGUCGGCCGCGAGCACGUGCUCUUCGUGGGCCCGCCGGGCGUCGCCAAAAGCCUCCUGUGCCGGCGCCUCGGCGAGCUCUUCGGCGGGCCGUCCUUCGAGAUCGCGCUGACGCGCUUCACGACGCCCGACGACGUCUUCGGGCCGUUGAGCCUCGCGGCGCUCAAAGACGACGCGUACCGCCGCGCGGCGGACGGCUUCGCCCAGGAGGCGCCGGCGGUCUUCUUCGACGAGAUCUUCCGCGCGCGGUCGCUGCUGCCGGCGCUCCUCGCGCUCCUCAACGAGCGCGUCUGGCAGGACGGGCCGCGCCGCCGGCCCGCGGCGUUGGUGUCCGCCGUCGCCGCGGCGAACACGCUCGGCGGCGACGACGACGACGACGACGACGACGCGCUCUACGACCGCUUCCUGAUCCGCCGCGAGGUCGCGCCCGUGUCCGACGCGGCCGUCGCCGACCUGCUCCUCGGCGACGACGUCGACGGGGCGUGCCCGCGGGCGUUCCUCGCGCCGCUGCUCGCCGUCCCGAAGCCGCCGCGGGCCGCGCUGCCGCGGUUCUUCGCGGAGCUUUUCGGCGACGCGCGCGCGUUCCUCCGCGACCGGGGCGACUACGUGAGCGACCGGCGGCUGCGCAAGUGCGCGGACCUCGUGCGCGUCGCCGCGCGCGCGAACGGCCGCGGCGCCGUCGGCCCCCUCGACGCGCUCCUCGCGGCGCACGUGCUCUGGCAGCGGCCCGAGAGCCGCCAGCCCCUCGAGGCCUGGCUCCUCGACCGGGUCGUGCCCGACGACGCGCCGACCUUGGCGACGCUCCUCCGCGCGGCGUCGUCGGCGGCGGAGGCGGCGGAGCUCGCGGCCGCCGUCGACGCGAGCCUCGGCGCCGUCCGCGACGCCGAGGCGGGCGUCGCCGGCGGCCAGCUCUUCCUCGCGCCCGACGCGCUCCUCGCGGCGCGCCAGGCGCUCGCGCCCCUCGCCGCGGGCCGCGCGGCCGCCCUCGAGCGCCUCGCGGACCGGGCGCGCGCCGUCCACAUGGGCGACGGCGGUAUCGUCUACUACGGCGGCGGCGACGACGACGCCGCGGCGCGCGACUUCUGCGCGGCCCACCGCGUCGUCGAUGGGUCCUGCGCCGCGGAGCUCCGGCGCAUGAGCCGCGAGCUCGACGCGCCGGAGGUCGACGCGCUCGACGCGCCCGCGGGCGCGUUCGGCGGCGCGUGUCCCAACGCCUCGUAUACCCUGCCCCGGCACCGCCGCCGCGUCGCCCCGAGCGCCUCGGCGCUGGCGUCGUUCGGACGGAAGCUGGGAGCGCUGGCGCGGAACGCGAGCGCGCUCGAGAUCGGCGGGCCCACGACGGCUAUGGGCGGCCUGUACGCUCAGGAGUGGGCGUCCGUCGACGUCGUCAACUGGUCCGAUCAAGCGGUUCGGAAAAUCCAGGGCAACCGGUACGGAGGGGAUCUCGUCGCGGCGACGGGCGGGGGGGCGACGAGCGGGUCCGCCUUCUACGUGGACGGCCGCCUCCUGGGGCAGCUGGUCGUCGGCGACGGCGGGCGCCUCGAGCACGUCGCCGACGGGUCCUACGACGUCGUCAUGGCGUUCCACGUGCUCGAGCACUUCGCCGACCCGCUGCGGGCGCUCGCGGCGUGGCGUCGCGUCCUCAGGCCCGGCGGCUACUUCGUCGUGAGCGUGCCCUGGGCGGAGCAGACCUACGACAGGCGCGUGCCCGUGUCGACCAUCUACGACCUCAUCCUCGCGCGCGCGGACGCCGCGGACUCGUCGGACGACCCGGAGGUGCUCCGGCGCCUCGAGCAUCGCGUCCGCGCCUACCACCGCCUCGUGGACCUCGACACGUGCCCCCACUGUUGCGACGACCUCGCGACGGCGCGGCGCCUCAAGGGCUACCACUGGCACGCGUGGGACCUCGCGCUGCUCCAGGAGGCCAUGGCGUGCAUCGGCGCCGCCGUCGAGCCUAUACUGGCGCCGGCCCUGCGCGCGGGCGACACGGUGACGAUCGCGUCGACGAAGACGCUGGCGAAGAUGGCGAGCGACUGGGACCCGGCGGCCGGCGGGCCGUGCCGCGUGCUGCGCGUCGGCGCGGGCGGCGACGCGGCGUCGCCGCGCCUCGUGGACCGCAACGACCUCGUCCGGGGCGACGUUGUGGACCAGCGGCGCGUGGGCCCGCUGCUCUACCGCGCGUCCCUGGAGCUGAAAUGCGAAACGCGGGCCGCGCCCGCCGUGUGCUUCGUGAGCUGCUACGGCCUCGUCGCCGAGCGCGCGGUGCUGCUGCACGGCGUCGAGCCGUCGACGGCGAGCGUGUCCGUCUACGCCCUCGGCGAGCGCGAGCUGCGCGCGCUCUGCGCGGCCGGCGGCGACGAACCCGCGGCGGCCCUGCUGGCGCGGUGGCUCGGGACGGAGGGGUCGGCCGCGACGCACAAGCGGCGGCUGUCGCGCGCGGACUGGACGACGGUGCUCCGCUGGGUCUGCGCGCGCCUGAGCCUCGCCGAGGAGGCCGGCGGCCUCGUGCUCGCCUGCGACGACCUCGCGGCGCCGCCCGCGCCGCCCGCGCCGGAGCCCGCGCCCGCGGCGGCCGCGCCCGACUUCGAGGACGUCGGCGACGUCGCGGUCGGCGCCUUCGCCGCCGAGGCCUACGACCGCAUCUGCGCGGCGGCGGGCGACGCGCGGGGGCCGGCGACGCCGCCGCGCGAGCCGGACCUCGCGCGCGCGGCCGCGUCCACCGUCGGCGACUACGGCGCCGCGUGCGCCGCGGCGCUCUGCGACGCGGCGGUCUCGGACCUCGGCGCGCCGCCGGCGAGCCCGCGGGGCGUCGCCGACCGGGCCUACGCGGACGCGGUCGCCGCGGCGCUCGAGACCGUCGACCGCGACGAGGCCGCGCCCGUCGCGGAGCGGGGCUACGCGGACGUGCGCUCCGCGGCGCUCGCCGCCGUCGAGAGCGACGCCAUCCGCCGGCGCAAGCGCCUCCCGCCCGCGGCGUCGCGGCCCCACGCGAAGCACCUCGUCAUCGAGGCGAAGAUCGACGCGCUCGAGCGCGAGAUCGAGGCCAAGCUCCGAAUCGCGCAGGGCGGCGACGCGGAGCCCGCGGCCUUGGCGUCGUAA